AUGGGGACCGAAUGUGGAAGAGAAAGGAGCGGGUGUCGGCGGACACGUCUCCAUUUUGUGAUUCUGUUGUUGCUGUGGAACACGACCUCGGCUCAGAUCCGCUACUCCAUACAGGAGGAAUUAAAAAUCGGGACUAUUGUUGGGAAUAUCGCUAAAGAUCUGGGGAUUGACAGAGGAACACUCUCUGACCGGAAUCUUCGGAUCGUGACGGGAUCAAAGCAGGAUCUUUUCCAGGUGAACGAGAGAGACGGCGCUUUGUUUGUGAACCAGAGAAUAGACAGAGAGGAGCUUUGCGGUAAAAGCAGUCCGUGUCAUGUGAAUCUCAAAGCUGUGAUAGAGAACCCGAUGGAGAUGCACCACGUUACAGUGGAGAUCGUGGAUGUGAAUGACCAUUCUCCCAGUUUCCCCAGUAAGGAGAGCCGCCUGGAAAUCUCCGAGUCCGCCAUGCCGGGAGCGCGCUUCCAGCUGGAGGGCGCGCACGACCCUGAUGUUGGUCUGAAUGCUCUGCGUUUUUACAAACUGAGCACAAAUGACCAUUUUCAGCUGGAAACUGAGGAACUGAGUGACGACAUGAAAGUGCCAGUCCUGGUGCUGCACAAACCGCUGGACAGAGAGCGUCACGCGGCACAUGAGUUUGUUGUCACUGCAUUUGAUGGUGGUAAACCACAGAAAUCAGGUGAACUUAAUGUCACAAUAACGGUUUUAGACAUUAAUGACAACGCGCCUGUGUUUAAUGAGCAAAAAUAUACAGUCAGUCUUUUGGAAAAUAUACCGCCAGGCACUCGCUUAAUAACGGUGAACGCCACGGAUCGCGAUGAGGGUCUAAACGGAGAGAUUGUUUACUCGUUCGGAAAACAGUUCAGAAGUAAGGCGUCGGAGCUGUUUGAUUUAGACUCUAAAACGGGAGAAAUUAAAGUUAAAGGUCUUAUUGAUUUUGAGGAGAAGCAGGUUCACGAAAUUAAUGUAAAGGCUUCUGACAAAGGACAAGUCCCGCUGUCCACGCACUGUAACGUGUUUGUGAAAGUUGAGGACAUGAACGACAACAAGCCGGAGAUUGACGUCACUUCUCUGUCCAGUAGUAUCCGCGAGAACGCGCCUCCCGGUACCGUGGUCGCGCUGAUGGGCGUGACCGACCUGGACUCAGGUGUGAACGGACAGGUAGUCUGUACUUUAGCAGGAGACUUGCCGUUUGAUCUGAAACCUUCAUCUGAAGGGAACUUCUAUUCAUUGGUGACCAAGAGCUCCUUAGACAGAGAGUCCGUGUCUCAGUAUGACAUAACCGUCACCGCAAAGGAUCUCGGGAGCCCCUCAUUAUCUUCCAGUAAAACAAUACGAGUGGAGAUAUCAGAUAUUAAUGACAACAGUCCUGUAUUCUCUGAAUGCCCGUACAUCUUAUACUUGGUGGAGAACAACGCACCUGGCGCGUCCAUGUUCACCGUGAGCGCGUCUGACGCGGAUGAGGGCGAAAACGCCCUGGUUUCCUACUCACUCGGGCAGGUGAGCGCAGGACACAGCGCGGCAUCUUUCCUCAAUAUUAAUCCAGAUAAUGGGAACAUUUACGCGCUGAAAAGCUUUGAUUUUGAGACUCUGAAAACCUUUCAGUUCCAAGUGGUCGCUAAAGACUCCGGAACGCCGUCGCUAAGCAGCAACGUCACAGUGAAUGUGUUCAUUCUGGAUCAGAACGACAACGCUCCAGUGAUCCUGUCUCCGGUCAGCGCUAACGGUUCGGCUGAAGGUGUGGAGGAGAUUCCCCGCAAUGUGAACGCAGGUCACUCGGUGGCUAAAGUGCGGGCCUUUGACGCUGAUAUAGGAUACAACGCCUGGCUGUCGUUCUCGCUGCAGCACGCUACAGACGCCAGUCUGUUUGUGUUGGAGCGCUAUACAGGGCAGAUCAGGACGCUUCGCUCGUUCACAGAAACAGACGAGGCGGAGCAGAGACUGGUCAUCGUGGUGAAAGACAAUGGGAACGUUUCACUGUCCGCUACAGCGACUGUGAGUAUUAAGGCCGUGGAGCCGAAAGAGGCGUUUGCAGCGUCUGAUACUAAAAGCGCGGUGCAAACCGAGGAAGAGAACAAUGUGACUUUUUAUCUGAUCAUCACACUGAGCUCCGUUUCAGCGCUUUUCCUGCUCAGUAUUAUCGGUUUGAUCGUGAUGCAGUGCUCCAAACCUCCCGACUAUUCGCCCAAAUAUUCCCGGGACUCCAAUUACGCAGACACGAGCGGGAACGGAACACUGUGUCACAGCAUCCAGUACCGAUCCGGAGACAAACGCUACAUGCUAGUUGGACCCAGAAUGAGUAUCGGUUCUGCUAUCGUUCCCGGCAGCCAUGCGAACACUCUCAUGGUGCCAGAUCUCAGGAACAGAACUUCGGGAGAGGUACGUUCUGAGUUAUUUUGCUUUCUUGACGAUGUUUGCAUUCAACUGGUUUGA